UUGAGAUUUACAAAUAAAACAAAUUGAAUAUGAACAUUAUUUUGACAUUUGGUGUAAUCCAACCAGGUGAGCGAUACAGGCCCCAUGGGCCUCUUGUUAAAAAUACAUCAAGGAUAUUUAGUCGUGGGACGGGUCAUAGUCGGGAGAGGCUACUUUCUUUUUAUCUGACAAAUAUUUUUUGUGACCUACCCCCCUUUGAAUAAAAGCUGAUCAUGAGCUCCCGGUAACAAAGGUAAGUUUUUUGUGUUCAUUCUUUUGUAACAUAGUAGAAUAUGUCGCUAAACAUAAAUAUAUACCUACUUCACAAGUCCUUUUCGGCUAUUACGGUACUUUUCGGCUUUUACUCCAACGCAGAAUUCAUUUCGGUCCCCUUGCCAAUGGCUUACAUAAGUACGCCAAAUCGUGACAUUAUGCAUUGUAUCUUGCAUAAUGACGUCAUAUAACAUGACGGAGAGCUAUACGCAAAAUUUAGUUUUACCCAUUGUUGUUUGUAAGCAGUAUUCUGAUUGGUGAAAUCAGAAAAAGUGAUAUUUUUUCACUAGUGAAAAAUAUCAGCACUUUUAUAAGUUAAAGGUUUCGAUAUUUCAAUGCUAAAAACGCAAUAAAUAUAUCAUUUUUUACAAUGAAAAGUAUACGAAUGUUGUAUUGAUUAUAACCAAGCUAUUCGACUUGUCGCCUUUAGUGACAUAUUUAUUAACUUUUUGCACCAUUUAUGAUUUUGUUGAACAUGUCCUAAUUGAAAUCAUACUGUACUAAUUAAAUAAAUGAAAUGUUUGAUCUGUGUUAUUAACUGUUACAUUGCAAAGUAAAUGUCUGGGCAUCCUUAGGAUGUAUUGUAAUUCCGAAAUCUGCCCUACAAUGAAGAACUAACAGCUGAUUCCAAUUGACACUAGUAUUUUAUUGGGUUUGAAUUUUAUUAGAGGUGGAAUAUUUCAAAUAGAUAUGAAUAUUGCGAAUCUAAAUUAUUUCCUUUGGUACGUUCAGACUUUUUAUUUCAAAAUAACAUUAUAGGUAACGUUUCAUAUAUAAAAAAAGUUAUUGGUUUUGUGAAGGUUAAUACCAGGAUGUUUAACCCGAGAGAGGUUAUAUUACCCGAAGGCGGAAGCCGAAGGAAAUCUCUGUUAAUUGUAUGAACGUAAACAAGUCAAUAAUUUGAUAAUAUUCAUUAUUUGACAUAUACUGCAUCCAUGACUGACAUUGUUAUACACGUGCGUUUUGUACACUCCUUUUAUGUCACAUUUUAGUCCCCAAGGUGUGCCGUUAUUAAAAUACAUAGUGACACUUGUUAUCAAUGUAUUUUUGACGGAAAGGACCUGUAUAGGCUUAGCCUGUUGUCCAAUCCAUUUUUAUUUUUAGAUUCUAUCUCUAUUAUGAAAUAUUGUAUGUAAAUUAUUUCAAAUGUUUGAUUGAAAAAACUAUUUUGAAAUGAAAUAAAUUUAUUUAAUACAUGUAUAUGUGAGACUUUCCCCCUCCCUUCUUAUAGUUGUAGGUUUGAUUGAUUUCUCCGAUAUUCCUUCUGGCUUUUUACACUUUCGUUCCUGGACAUCACUGAUGAGCGCUAGAAGGCCGGUACAAUGGUAUAGCAUGGUGCUUAUUCUUUAAUUUUGGCAAACUUGGAACGUCUUACUAACUUGUGCGACUUUUGCUCCAUUUUUUUUAACCUUAGAGUAAAUCAUCUUAUAAGUCAUCAGCUUUCUGCCUGUUUCUUGCAGUAGGAGUCUAUAAUGAAUUUUUACUCAUUUAUCAAAUACGGGCCAUUAUAUUACCAUCGGCUUGUUUACUUAGGUCUAAAUCAAUAAGACAAAAUAAUGUUGAUAUUGGUCGACGUCAGCUCCCAUCAAUGACAACAAGUGUCACAAACUUCUACAAUAGUAUCAACCUUUGGUUUCAAAGUCACAAUACAUUCCACUUAAUGAUCCACCAUUUUCCUUUAUUAAUUACUAAAAUUUAAUUGACCCAAAGGAACGCUACAACUUAUCUGUGGAGAUAUUUUAUAUACCCAGGAGUCUAAUUUUACGUUUAAUGGGUAUGGAAAAGUAUCAAACCAAUUCAAGAUGGUUAUUGCCGGGUUGAACCACACAAAUAUCAAAAGGACCCCGUAUUUUACAUUAUUUAGCGAUAUACAGUGUAUCGAUACAUAUUAUAUACUUCGGCAUGUCAACAAGACUAAUUCAGGUUCAUACACAUGGGUGAUUAUAACCAGUAUAUAAGUCCCUGGUCUACUCUGAGACACCAUAGUACCGGUUGGUAGCUGGACGUGUCCGUAACUCUAAGUAUGUCACUAGUAACCAUACCAUAUUCAUUUCUUAUCGCUUUUAUGGUUGUUGCUGUACAAGGAAUGUCCUAUUAUGCCAUUUUAAACGGCGCUAGUAAUGACACAUCAUUGUUAGGACACACCGUUGGUGUUGACAAGCUCCCUAAAUGUGCGAAACUUUGCGAAAACGAAGACUGUGCGUCAUUUGCAUACAAUCAGCAGCAAAAAUCAUGCAAGUUUUAUUCUUCAAGGCACAUCCUGACUCCGGAUCGUCCCACCGAUGGAUAUACCUACUUUCAAAAGAGAGCAGAAGGGGAAUCCACUAAAUAUAGGAGACUGGCUCAGACCUUUACUUUCAACGACAGAAUCUGGACGGUUAUUCAAAAAAGAUUUGAUGGAUCUUUGUCAAUGAAUCAGAACUGGGAGAUGUACAAGAAUGGAUUUGGUAAUACCACAGGGGAAUACUGGAUAGGACUAGAGACUAUGCAUCAGGUUACAUCUAGUAGCCCUCACUCCUUGCUGGUUUUGUUAGAGUCAUGGACAGGCGUCCUGAAAUACGCUCAGUACGAUAGCUUCACCAUCGCCUCAGAAAGUGACAAGUACCGCCUGGACGUCAGUGAAUACAGCGGAACCGCCGGAGAUUGCCUUGGUACGAAAGGACAUAAUCAGAUGAUGUUCUCAACAAAGGAUAAUGACAAUGACCUUACCCACAAUUCCUGCGCUGAUGCAUUUAAAUCUGGAUACUGGUACGAUCGCUGCACUUCCUGUAACAUAAACGGUCCUAUGAAACCAGACCCUGGACUAAAUGAACGUGUUGCUAUUGUUUGGCAUACUUUUUCAAACAGGUUCAUGCCACUGGGGAAAACAAUGAUGAUGAUGAGUCGCUUGCCGUAAAUCAUAAAGACUUUUGGUUUUACUUUGAAUGCACCCCUGUUUUGUGUUAAUGACUAUGGACAUAUCAAUACUAGAUAUCACCAUACGGUAACAUCCCUGUAGCGGUUAAAGAAGGGAUGGCAACAUGCAAUGUAUCGAUACCACGGACUCCAUGAUGUCACGAACUGGAUGAUGUCACGAACUGGAUGUUACAAAUGGAUGUCCAUUUGAUAUAAUAUAUGAUCUGUUGAGUAUAUAGAUUGUCAGAUGUCUCUUUUUUCAUUAAAUUAUUCAUUUACACCGUU